UACAGCCCUUUUUUGGUUAUUCAAAAGUUUUACAUUCUGUGCAUGGUAGUACACCAGACAACUGUUCAGCAAAACUACAGUUUGGUUAACCCAACCUAUUUUGACAAAACAUUUGCGACCCAGGCUAAUGGCAUCCUGAAUGGCUCUUUUCUGAGGGGCACUUCCAUCUGUAUCACUCUGGCACUGAAGCAAGCCCGGUCAUGAUUUAAUUUGGAUAGAAAUGGGUUGCUAAUGUCAAUCUCUUCUAAUGACUCGUCAUAAGUGUAGUUGCGCAAGUUAUUUAGGUAAUGUGGGCAGUUAAGGAUUUGUUUUAACAUAGUAUUAUAUGUGGUGAAGAGACGCCUAGUAUACAGCACUCCCCCCUUCCAUUCAGGGGUAUUAAGUAUUAAACACGUAAUUUAAAACGGUCUGGAAACCAAUUUAUAACGGUCUCUAGACCCGUCAGUCAGUCUAGUCUUGACAAUGCUCUCACGUUGAGCAUGAUGGGUAGUGACAGCCUGUCAACACUGCAGUCAGAAGUUGUCGGUUCUUAGCUGAGCGAAUCAGACAGCCAUGCUCAGCCAUGUCAGUCACCCAGUCUCUCUUCGCUCCCUCGGGGAGGAAGCGUCCCAAAACAGAUCAUCUCUGUCACGCUCUCGCCUCCAUGCAACGGCACACCUGUCCUACACAACGCUGUAACCCACAGGUGGAAUGUGCACAUAGAUGUGGAAAUACUAGACUGCCUGUCCUCAUUGAACUCCAUAAAAUUCUAUAAGAAUGUGCAUACGGUACUUGGCUAGUAAGGGGGCGGGGCUCAGACACCGGAGGCCCUGUAACCUGCCUCCACCAGCUCUCCUCACUCCGCUGUGCCAGUGGGAUGCUUUAGGUGCUGACCAGAGAGUCUUGCCCAGCUUAAUUAUGGACAUGCAAAUCAACGGCAUGUGGUACGGCCGUUGGAGUCUCAAGCCAAAGCCGCUGGGCAAGGUGAGGCGGCGGCUGCAGGCGAUCAAGAACCCGUCCGUCGCCCCAGUGACUGGUGACAUUGACCUUAGCCACAACGAGAGCAUCCGAUUGGCCACCGACGCCCUACUGGACCAGGGAUUGGACACCUACUGGGAAGUACUUGCCGGAGACGGAGAGGUGGACUUCCUGUCACGAGAGGAGAAAGAUUACAUCCUGGCGAACGCAACAGACCUGAGCAGCGGAGGCCUUUGGGAGACGGAAGAAGACGAUGGCCGGGCAGACUCCUCCCACACAGCUGCUUCUCAGGCCAAGACGGAGACCUACUGUCCAGCCAUGUCUGAGAGCGAGCCCCCUGUUCUGGACCACGGCUGGCCAGUACAGGAAUGGAGUUACCACCUCCAGGGGAGGCCAGGUGUGGAGGUCUACUUCCAGUGUGACCGAGCAGCCCGGAUGAAGGACCUGGUCAGGGAGUUAAUCCAGAAGGCCACAACGGUUCUGGCAAUUGUCAUGGACACCUUCAGUGACUUGGAGAUUUUCUGUGACAUCCUGGAGGCAACGAUGAAACGGAAUGUGUCUGUCUACCUGCUCCUGGACCAUGUGGACUUGCAGCUCUUUGUCAAGAUGUGUGAGACACUACAGAUCAGCAACAAUCAACUGACGAGAAUGACAGUCCGUUGUGUACAAGGAGUGACGUACUGUGCAAAGUCCGGAAAGAAAUUCACAGGCCAGAUUAAAGAGAAGUUCAUGAUCGUUGACUGCAGCAAAGUACUAGCUGGAUCGUACAGUUUCACAUGGCUGUCCUGGCUGGUCCACAGAAACAUGGCUGUGCUCUUUAAGGGGAGUGCAGUGAAGCCAUUUGACCUGGAGUUCAGGAAGCUCUACGCCAGCUCCAAGCCCAUUCCUGCCUUCAACACAGCGACAGCUCCAUUCGGCGUCCACAGACCUUUCAUCCAAACCCUUGACAUGUUCACUACCUGUCCAGGUGGGGAAGUGGGCCCCUGCGCCGCCCACACAGACCCAGGAAGCCCCGCCCUUCAGGGCCAACACUACACUUCCCUGUCAACGCCUACAGCCCAGCCCUCCUACUCGAGCCUACAUCCAGCAGAAGUUAAGGCAAAGUCUAGAUUCAACACACAGCUAACAAACCCCAACUUCAACGGGCAAGAAACCACCACAGUCCAGCUCAGGCAGCCCAACAGCCAGCCAACACAACCAUCAACCCCCCAGGGCUCGGUGAACCAGCUGGUGUCCUCCGGCCUGCCGGGCCACAGGUUUGACUGGAUCACACAGAGACACGUGGCCAACAGGCCCUUCGUGCUCCAGAGGUCUUUUGUGGGCUGGCGUUCCUUUGACGGUAACGGAACCCUCAACGAGGGGAGGUCAAGCGGCCUGGUGGAUAGACACCCGGUUCUCAAGACCGGUCAGUGGUUUACGGUCAGUCAGCAACUGAGAUGGCAUCAUGUCCCGAAGUGACAUUUUGAAGGGAAGCUACAGCAUGUCUGAGAAAUGUUUGAAUGGGGAACAACAUUUCAUGGAGCAAAGCAGCUUGUUUUACUUUUCCUUUGUUUGAGCCUGAUGUGCAGGACAUGAUUUAGUGAUGAAUAUAUGUAGGUCAAAAGUGAUUGCUGGUUGAGCUUUUCUUUUUACAAAUAUAACAUUCUGUGAAAUUAAACUUGCAAUAAUUUACUUUAUUGUUUCAACAUAUGCUUUUACAUAGUGUAUAUACACACACACACACACACACACACACACACACACACACACACACACACACACACACA